CUAUCCCGCCACGGCCGCCCGUCGUACUGUUUGAAUAUUAGAGUCAUCAUUGACUGCAUCAACGGUCAUUUGGAUGAGGCGCCACUGACGACGAUUCCAGAUGCUCCCUGGGCCAGUAGUCUAAGCCUAGGGAGGCAGGAACCAUACCCAAGGCGACUGGGCUCCCUGGGCUCCCACUGCUUCUUUAGGCUCCCCGCCUUUCAAUCAAUCACCCCCCGCAUUCACCAAUGUUCCGACGGAGCCUGGGUUGCAAUAUGCCGCAUUCGGCAGUCAUCUAUCGUCAUUCCCUACUUGCGUUCACGUUGCACAAGUCCGCCAACGAAUGUCAUUUACUUCGAGGCACCUCUAACGGGUGUCGGAGUAAGAAUUCCCUGGUUUGCGUGGAUACAGGCGCUUCGGGGGUGCGUGCUGAGGAUGGCCCUAGCACCCGGCCGGUACUCGUACCAGCCGUCGACUGCUGGUUACGUAAAGAAUAAGCUGCAUCAGGUUUGGCGGUGCUGGAGGUCUGAAAAACUCAUCGCAGAAUUUGCGCAGCCAAGGGUCACUGAUGGGACCGAAUUACGGCACAGAAUCCAGUCCUCACCGUGGUACUCUCUUGCCAUUUGUGGUCGCAUGAUUUUUCGGUGUGCACUCAGCCCGUCAAUAACAUGGAUGGUUCCAAUCUUUAGGUAUUCGACCACGAUGGCGCGAUAUCUUUCUCAUUUGGCUCUUCGAUUCUGUCAUUUCUUCUAACCUCUGCUGAUCUUCCUGGAGAGCCGGUUCAAUAUCCAUUGCUCUUGCACAGUCGGCAUUCAUCGUGGUGCUCUACACAGUAAUCUUGAAGCACUGUGUUUUCUCGCACGUUGGGCCUCAGGGAUAUAUCGUCUAUAUAAGUUCACGAGGCUCCUUGUCACCACAUGACCACUACAAAAAAGACCAUUGCCAUUGUUAAUGGUACUGGUCGCCAGGCGGCUUCGCUGAUCCGCGCUGUAGCAGCCGUUGGUUAUGCUGUCCGAGCCCAGGUAUACUCGUCCGAAGGCUUGGUAGCCGAGGAGCUGGCAGAGUUACCAAAUGUCACACUGUUCGAAGGGUCCUUGCUGGAUAAUCCAGUCUUGGUGGACACGAUCUUUCAAGGCGCCCAAGUAGCCUUUAUAAACACCAACCCUCUGGCUGGCGAUGAGAUCAAAAUCGGAAAGGCGCUUGCCAAUGCGGCCAAAAAGAGGAACAUACAGCACUUCAUCUACAGCAGCAUGCCGGACCAUUCAAUACACAACCCACUAUGGCCUUCGCUUCCCCUGUGGGCUUGCAAAUUUACCGUGGAGAACUAUAUCCGACAACUGGGACUGCCUGCCACUUUUGUCUAUGCCGGAAUCUACUACAACAAUUUCACCAGUCUUCCCUAUCCACUCUUCUGUACCGAAUUCAGAAACGAUGGGACGGUAGAAUGGCGCGCACCGUUUCACCCAGACACCAAACUCCCGUGGCUGGAUGUGGAGCACGAUUUUGGUCCAGCAGUGCUACAGAUCAUCAAGGAUGGACCGAACAGAUGGGGGAAGGGACAAAAGGUCGCACUCGCUUUCGAGAACCUCACGCCAAUGCAAGUCUGUGACGCGUUCACUCGAGCACUAAAGCUACCAUGCUAUUAUGUGUACGACCAGCAAAUCGAAGUCAAAGUCAGUGUGCCACCUGGUUAUCGACAGCAACUGUCGGGGCUCGAAGUGCUCUUUGGCCAGUACAACGCGCCAUAUUUCCCAGGGCCUGACUUUCAGUACACUGGACGAAGGAAAGGCAGCAACGACACCAUCACUGGUCGCAACAGCCAGGACUCACAGCGCGGGAAGCCAGGAAAGCUAACAGACUCGGCUCGCGCGCUUUGGCCCGGCUGGCGCUCGAUAUCCGAAUACUUUGCGACCGCCUUCCUGGUGGAGGAGGAAGCCAACGGCAAGACUUGGAUGGUGGAUAAGACUCAAAGCACAUGAUGCUCUCUUCAUGCAUGACUACGACUUUACGAUCUCUUAUCUUUGCAUUGCAACACGGUAUGGUUUGCGGGUUGCCCACACUGCAUGGCGUUCUUUCUGGGGGGAACUAGCAUAGUAUGGACAUGGAAAAGCGAUCCGGAGGAGCAUACUAGGUAGUGAUCAUCGAGGAAUGGGCGUCUUUCGCGGGGAAAGCAUCAGCAAGCGAGAGCGGCGUUGUCCUGGGAGCCUCUGAAAAGGACUACGGAUGAGAUGACUUGGAAGCUAUCUCCAUGCGCGGCUGGCAUAUGCGAGUUCCGAAGGGCCGCAAAGAUAAGGAUGGGCACGUAUCAGAUUCAUAAUAAUAUCAUCAAAAUGGAUCAAGAGGCUUGGAUCUAG